AUGAAAGUGUUUGAAAUGAGCGUAGCUGAUCGGCUGCUUGACGACAGCAAUAAAUUGAUUUACCUUCUUCAUUAUUGCUGUGAUGAAGCCAAGGAGGCCAUUGCACACUGCGUGUUCCUCAUUGGAAAGAUAGGCUAUCAAAGAGCCAUGGUUAUCCUAAAGACGCAGUUCGGAAAGCCACACGACAUUGCACAGUCGUUCAUGAACGAGCUUCUGACUGGAGGGCCCAUUGCUCCCGGAGACGUCGAUGCAUUACGAAGGCUGAUAAGGAAAAUGGUAAACUGUGAUCUCGCAUUAAGACAGAUGCAUUACAUGGCCGAUUUGAACUGCUCAACCAAUCUCAAGCGUAUAGUGGGACGUCUACCUUGGCGUUUGCAAGAAAAGUGGGCUGAGGCGGCAGACGACAUACUGCGUUCGGGAUCAGAGCCGGAGUUUGAUCAUUUAGUAUCCUUUCUUAACAGAAUCCAAAUAACUGGUGUUCUCAGACCGACUGUUCUGAGGGACGACAAGUCUGGAGGCGAAAAGUUGCAUGUGGAGAUCCCAGCCUACCCGGAAUUCACUGCGGACGACUUGUGCGUACGAAUGGACGAAAACCGCGUCGUGGUAUCCGUUAAAUGGAAGACUAUGGCCAAAACUGACAAUUCGAGUAGCACCUUCAUCAAAGAGUUUUCACGUUUAUAUGGUAUGCCACGAACGGUUGACACGUUCUCUGUCAUUCCUCAGCUGCAGGGGGACAAACUCUUGGUGGAAGCACCCUUGUUGCGUCCUUGUACUUCACGAUGA